GUCUCAGCCAAAAUGAGUGAGACACCAUCUACUAGUGUCUCCGUGAUUCCUCUGACUUCUUCUGAAGGUCAAGUUCCUAUCCCUCGCCAUUCAAACGUCACUCACCCUGUGGUGGCUAAACGCAUCAGCUUCUACAAGAGCGGAGACCCCCAGUUUGGUGGUGUGAAGGUGGUGGUCAGUCCUCGCUCCUUUAAGACCUUCGACGCUCUCCUGGACAACUUAUCCAGGAAGGUGCCCCUGCCCUUUGGGGUGAGGAACAUCAGCACACCCCGUGGAAGGCACAGCAUCACCAGGCUAGAGGAGCUGGAGGACGGCGGGUCCUACCUGUGCUCCCACAAUAGGAAGGUGCUGCCCGUUGACCUGGACAAGGCUCGCCGGCGCCCUCGGCCCUGGCUCAGCAGCCGCUCUAUAAGCACACAUGUGCACCUCGGCUCUGCUACUGCCCUGGUGCCCACCACUGCGCCCGGCGUGCUCCGUGCUCCGAGGAGGCUUGUGGUCUUCCGGAAUGGCGACCCAAAGACCAAGCGUGUGAUCCUUCUCAGCCGGAGGAUUACGCAGAGCUUCGAGGCCUUUCUGCAGUACCUGACGCAGGUCAUGCAGUGUCCAGUGGCCAAACUGUAUGCCACGGACGGAAGAAAAGUUCCUAGUCUCCAAGCAGUGCUACUGAGCUCGGGAGCUGUGGUGGCCGCUGGAAGGGAGCCAUUUAAGCCAGGAAACUACAACAUCCAAAAGUCCUUGCUUCCUGCUAGGUUACCAGGGGUCUCUCAUCGGGUGCACCGGAAGGGUAAACCCUCGUUAGAGAAAAGAAAGAUGAGUGCACGUAUGCCUUCAGUCCUAAGUUCCCAGAUUGAGUCCCUGGCGUCUGAGAAAACAGGUGACUGCUCUUCAGACUGUUCUGUAGUCCCUGAAAACAGCUUGACCUGGGAGAAGCGUGAUUCUCAGGAUCUGCCAGCGUUUCCUUCCGAAGACGGUGUUGAGAAGUCCGUUGUUUUUAAUCAGGAUGGCACUAUGACCGUGGUGAUGAAAGUUCGAUUCAAGAUCAAAGAAGAGACCAUAAAGUGGACAGCCACUGUCGAUAGAGCCGGGCUUCCAAUUAACGAUGGGAAGAGCGAGCAAAGCAGUUAUCUGGGAAGAACGGAUAAUCGACCAUCCAGCCUAACGCAUGCAGCACGCUCAUUGUCUGAAGACGUCACAGAUACCACUCAGCAGGGCAGUCUGACAGAGGAAGAAAACUCUCAGAAGGCAGAGCAGCAGGCUGAAUCAUGCAGCUCUGCUGGCUGGGAGAAUGUUUCUGUGGACACAGAUGUUAUUCAGGGAGUCCAGAAGCAAGUGAAACGUUUUUAUAGGCCCCCAACCCCUGGGCCAAGGAGAAGGAGACAGAAGAAGUCUGUGAUAGGUACUGUCACUCUAGUAUCUGAAACCGAGGUUCAGGAGAAGCAGUUUUCCUAUAGUGAAGAAAGAGAGGGUGGGGAAAAAUCCGAGUAUCACGUGUUUGCACAUUCUUGCAGUAAAAUGUCGUCAGUAUCUAAUAAACUUGUUCAUAUCCAGAGCAAUGAUGAGUCGACACUAGAAAGAACGAAGGAAAGUGGACUGCUCACGUCAAAUGCCGUAAAUGCUGGCGCUAUAGAAAUUACAAGUCAGAAGGUCUUCAAGAUGUGCCAUAACAAUGGCUUACCACCAACUGUGUCGGAGAAUUCAGUGGGGGAGGAAGGCAUAGUUGAUAGGGUAGUGUCAGACAAAACUGGUAUUAAGCACUUCAGAACUUAUGGUGAGACCCAAGACAGGUGCCGUUCGAUUGCAGCAGAUAGAACUCUUUCCUCGGGUAACAACUCUGAAACCGACAAAAGUAUUUCUGAGUUUCCUUCUGUAGGGUCUUCAGCUGUCACCACAAGAGUAGACACGCUAGUUAAGGAAUUUGCUCACUGUGGCUUGACAGAACUUCAAGAAAAUAGAAAGCAGGUUUUAUCCUCUUUUCCCAGUAAAAAGAAGAAAUCUCAGCCACAUAUGAUAAAUCCCAGGUAUAAGAAAAAAGUGAUUGAAACCAAAGGAACCUCUAAAAAAAGUGGGAAGAUAAACAAAGAAGGAGCAAUUGCCCAGGAAAUACUACUGAGAGAUUCAGACGGUCCUCUUAAAGGAGGGAGAUUUAGUAAGGAAGCCCUUGAUACAAGUGAUUUGAUAGCUGAAUCAAAUCAUUUCUGCCCCCAAAGUAAUAAUAUCAGUACCAAGAUUUCCAAGAAUUUCCAUAAAAAUAAGUUAAAUGGCUUUCAAAAUCCUAAGACUCAAAGGCUUUUAGUCAAAAGAAAACCCAGACCACUAAAGAUGAUAAGUUUAGGAGGGCUCAGAAAACAAGAAAUUGGUCAAGGAGAUAAAGUAUUUCUCCACAGUGAAUCUAACCUUCAUAAAAGUAAUUUGGAGAAUCAAAGUUUACUUCAUGUCUUUAAUAUCCUUGAGGAACAUCAGAAACCUUUCCAUAGUCCACAGUCACAAGUGGAGAUAGUAACAGGGAAUUUAAGAGGCGUGACAAACAAGAGUUUAGUCCCUAAAGUUAAUGAUUUAUACGUAACUUUAAAAAGCCAGAGAAAACAAAAGGUAGAUAAAUUGAAGUCAGGUGCUAUAGUAAGUGAGCAGCAUGUUACGAGUAGGGCAGGUCCAUUAGCUUCCUUCAAAAAACCUGAUUUUCUUGAGAGUAUUCCCCAUCAUUCAGUUAAGAACUAUGUACAGCGAUGGUUGCAGAACAUAAAUACAUAUCAAGAUUUUGAGCCCAGAAAUUCAGCUCCACUAUGCAAAAAUGGAAGUAGUGUGGUAAAUUAUAACAGUAACGGUUCUCCAGGAAAUAAUCUCCACACAGCUUCUUCAAAAAGAAAUAGUUUUAUUUUGGAAAGUAAUAAACACCAAACUAAAAAUGACAACUGGACAGGCAAUAAGAAUCAAGAGGCUGGUGAAUCUCUUGGUGUUAAAGAUCAUGGCAAGGAGCUAAAUAAACGUGCCUGUGAGAGUCAAGAUGUUUCUCUGCAAGACCGUGGCUCUUUGUCACUAGCCACUGUUAACCAUCAUAGUACUGAAAGUCAUUCAUCUACUGAGAAGUCUGGACCAGAAGUGAAUCUUAUUUACCAAGAAAUGAACCUACCUACAAAAGGGCAAAGUAUUGAGGCUGCCACUCAGGUAGACACCAUGGGAGAGAAUGUUCUGAAGAACUACUUACCAGCCCUGUUGCUUCAACAUCUGGAAGCUUUUAUUGGUAGCAACAAAAAAAAUCAGAAUGGUAUUGCUCAGAUUCCGGGUUCAUUGGCAGAUGUUGCAUUUUCUUCUGCGAUAUAUAAUUCAUCCACUAACCUCCUUCUUGCUUGGCUUUUGGUGCUAAACCUAAAGGGAAGUAUGAAUAGCUUCCAUCAGAAUGAUACUCAUAAGAUCACCAGCAGAUCUGCAGAAACAGUUGCAUUGUUGGAAAUCCUGAAGCACAUUGCCAUCACCGAGGAAGCUGACGACUUGAAGGCUGCUGUUGCCAACUUAGUGGAAUCAACCAGAAAUUAUAGUGAACCCAAUGAGAGAGAACAAGUUCUGGUACCAGCAAAUUGUACUGCAGCCAGCAUUCAGAGUGUUGUCAGGGGUAAUGAAAAUGAGAGAACACAGAAGAGGCUCUUGGAUGAGGGUUACUCUGCCAGGGAGGACUGUGACCCUGAGUUCCGUGUUUCAGAAAUGAUUGAUAAGGAACAUACCUCUCAACGUGAGGUGUGUACUGUGAAUAUGGCUUAUCCUUCAAAAGAGACAGGUAACCCUAACGAUGCCUUUUUCACUAGUAAUAGUUAUACUAUGAGUCAGCUCUCCCCAAAUGAUGCUUUGUCCCUAGGAGCGGGCUGUUUACUUACCGGUGGUGUGUGUUCCCAUAAGGUUUGUGCUCAGACAGAGAGCAUCUCUGAGGCAGCUUGCCUGAGUGCUGAGACUUACGUUCCUAUCGGAGCCUGCAAUAAGGUUGACUUUGUGAAUUCAGAAGAAGACAAAUGUGGUGAUAAUUUAGAAUUAAUUGAAGAACUCCAGACAGUUGAUGAAGUUCCGAAAGAUUUAAAUAUUUUGGUAGGCUCUGUGCAUAAAAACGACUCUAAUGUAUUAACAUCACAUCAAAAUGUCAGUGACUUAAGCUCCUGUGGUCUUUUCCCAGGGAAAACUGAUUCCGAAAUUGAUAAGGAUUAUAGCUCUCUAGAAGAGCUAAAAAAUUGCUCACUGAAGAAAAUUGUGAAUAAAAAGAAAUGUCUAUCUUUUGAUAACGAAGAAUCAAGAACUUCUGAAGAUCCAGGCUCCACAACCAAUACCAUGACAUCAAACGAAAGAAACAGCGUUUCAGAAUUAGAAUCUUUUGAAGAAUUAGAAAGCCAAGCUGCAGAUAUUUCUAAUAUAAAAGUAAGUGCUGAAGAACAAGCUACUGAGGAGUCUGUGAAAAAAGAGUUAGAGGCCAGGAUGAGUUUGAAGUCGAUGCACAUAUCAGGUAGGAAUACUAUCAAAGACGAAAGAAAUACUGUGAUUUUGGAGAAAAUUGGUAGGGAGCAGGUGACAUCACCAUCUUUAGGUUUUUUCCAUGAUUCUAAUAAAAAUAUGGAAAAGGAGAUCAGUGUAGGAGAAAAUAAGAUGAGAGUUAAAAUGAUGGUAGAAAAUAUUGAAAAUGUAAAUUAUACAGAGUCCUCACUUAAUGGUAAAACCCAUCUCAGAAGUCCUGUGACUUCAGACUGGUCAGACUGUAGACCAGACAGUGAGAGGGGACAUCCUCAUAAAACAUCCAGUGACGGUCAGAGUGACAAUGAUGACGCUGCCCAAGAUAAAGAGCACAAUAGAGGAAUUGUUAAAAGGGCAAUCGAAAAGCUUUAUGGCAAAGCAGAGAUUAUCAAACCACAAUUUUUUCACGGGUCUAUACACAGAUCUCAAGUUUGUCCUUAUAAUCCCGUGGAAGUUCGGUGUGCUAAGAAAACAAAUUUUGAUGCUUCUGAGUGCCAGUCAUUAAUCUCUUCUGAACAGGAAUCUAGAAGUUCACUCCUGUUUCAGGAAUUCCAGGAGGAAAGACAAGGUGAAGGUGACAUCAACGGCAUGAGAGAAGGUUUUGGGGGUAACACCCUAGAACAUGUUACAAAACCAGCCGAGCAUGACAAGGUCCUUAGAAACAGAGAGAAAGGAGAGCUGAUUGACAACGGCAAAUGGUUCCUGCAGGAAAAUCAUUUGUGGAGAGUGUCACUUGACAACACUGGCAUGUAUGGCAAUGCAGACACCACAUCAGUGGAUACUCUCGUUGAUAAGAACAGCUUGGAGGUGCCAUAUUCACAUUUUGGAGACUUGGCUCCUGGACCAGCAGUGGCUGAAUUGUCCUCUUCAGAACUGGAGGAAAUGACUCAAUCCGUUGAAGUGAAAUGUAACUAUUUUAACUUACCUCAUGGUAGUGACUCUGAGCCCUUUUGCGAAGAUUUUCUAGAUGCGCAGAAUAAAACCCAUCCCAAAGAGAGAAUGCCAAAUCAUCACAAGGAGGAGAGGGCUAAUUAUCCAUCUGAAAGAGUGUGUACAUCUGUUACACAAACCUUUGCUCCUGCUGGUAAUAAAGUCCACCCUGUCUGCAAUGAUGCUAUUAAAACUCAGCCAUUACCUGGGAGUAAAAUCACUUCUGGUGCACUUCAGGAAGGUGACUCUUUGGAUAAACUCUAUGCUCUUUGUGGUCAACAUUGUCCAAUACUAACAGUUACCUUUCAACAUGUAAAUGAGGGAGACCGAGGCUUUGCUUACCGCAAAGAUUCUGAUAUAGAAAAUUCUUUGGGUUACCACUUAUGGAUGAAAAUAUACCCGUUUCUGCUGCAGUCAAACAAAAACAAACUCAGCAGCGAGAGACAUAAUGCAAGUGUGAGCAAAACACUUAUUGAUAAUGCCAUUGGUGGACCACUUGAUCAGUUUUAUUACAAAAACAUGGUUGACUUGAUGGAUAGAAGAAUGAAACACACACAUAUUAACUCUUUGAGCUUAGAGGAAAAAAUGGAUUUGAAGAAAUUCCAAUUAUAUUUAAAGAAAAGGUUUUCAGAUCUCAUGCAUGCAUCAUUGCUAGUUGUAGAGGAUAUAAAUUCCAUUACACUAAGCCCUAGAAAUCGGACAAAUAACUUCAAAAAUGUUGAUGAGAAUAGCAGCUUAAUUAACAGACCCCAGAACUCAAGAACAAAUCCUAACCAAUCAGCAACAGAAAAUCCCUUCGAACUGUUUGUUCUGGCUUACGUGUUAGCUAUUUGCCAAGUUGAGAAAUCCAUAAAUAUCAGAAAUGGAAAUAUCUUGGAAAUAUAUUAUAUUUUAGAAGGUGAAAUUUUUUUAAUCUGGGAAGAGGAAAACCAAUUAAAUGUAAUAGAUAUUGAAAGCAAUAAUAAGCAGGAUGGUUUAUAG